UUCGCGCCGGGUAACCGGAGAGCCGUGCGUCCAUGUGCGCAGUGACUGGGAAUUGAGAGUCCUCUGAAAUAUUAAAAUCCGAGCCGUAAACAGAGUUUUCCUAAUGGAUCCCGAGUCUUUGGUCGAGGCCCUUCGGGGGACGAUGGACCCCAAUUUGCGGGAGGCCGCAGAGAGACAGCUGAACGAGGGUCACACCCAGGUAAAUUUUUUGUCAACCCUGCUGCGUGUCACCAUGUCGGAUCAGCUGGAUUUGCCUGUCAGGCAAGCAGGUGUGAUUUACCUUAAAAACAUGAUAACCCAGCACUGGAGUGAUGGAGAUGGUUCAGGCACAGAGACACCUGUCAAUAACAUCCCUGAGGAGGACAGGCAGUUCAUUCGAGAUAGCAUAGUGGAGGCCAUCAUUCACUCCCCCGAGCGCAUCAGGGUCCAGUUGACAACAUGUAUCCACCACAUGAUCAAGCAUGACUACCCCAGCAAGUGGACGACCAUUGUGGACAAGAUUGGCUUCUACCUGCAGUCAGACAACAGUGGAGGAUGGCUGGGAAUCUUGCUCUGCCUUUACCAGCUUGUCAAAAACUAUGAAUAUAAGAAACCAGAAGAGCGUCAACCUCUGGUGGCUGCCAUGCACAUCUUCAUGCCUAUGCUCAAAGAACGAUUUAUCCAGCUGCUCCCUGACCACUCCAGUGAUUCUGUCCUCAUACAAAAACAGAUCUUCAAAAUCCUCUAUGCCCUCUUCCAGUACAACCUCCCCCUGGAACUCAUCAACAGACAGAACCUAACAGAAUGGAUGGAGAUCCUGAAGACAGUAGUGGAUAGAGAUGUUCCUCCGGAGACGAUGCAGAUAGAUGAAGAUGAGCGGCCUGAGCUGCCAUGGUGGAAGUGUAAGAAGUGGGCCCUUCAUAUCUUGGCUCGCCUGUUUGAGAGGUAUGGAAGCCCAGGCAACACAACCAAAGAGUACGCAGAGUUUGCUGAACUUUUCCUCAAGGAAUAUGCUGUUCCUGCACAGCAGGUGCUGCUGAAAGUCUUAUACCAGUACAAGGAAAAGCAAUACGUGGCUCCCAGAGUACUCCAACAGACACUGAACUACAUCAACCAGGGCAUAGCACAUGCUCUGACGUGGAAAAACCUCAAACUACACAUCCAGGGCAUCAUUCAGGAUGUGGUGUUCCCCCUCAUGUGUUACACAGAUAGUGAUGAGGAACUGUGGCAGGAGGAUCCAUAUGAAUACAUUCGCAUGAAGUUUGAUGUAUUCGAGGACUUCAUCUCUCCAACGACAGCAGCCCAGACACUCCUCUUCACUGCCUGUAACAAGAGGAAAGAGGUGCUGCAAAAGACUAUGGGCUUCUGCUACCAGAUUCUCACUGAUCCCACCUCUGACCCCAGGAAAAAGGACGGUGCACUCCACAUGAUAGGCUCUUUGGCUGAAAUCCUGCUCAAGAAAAAAAUAUAUAAGGACCAGAUGGAGUUUAUGCUGCAGAAUCACGUCUUCCCCCUGUUCCGCAGUGAAUUGGGCUACAUGAGAGCCAGAGCCUGCUGGGUGCUGCAUUACUUCUGCGAGGUGAAGUUCAAGAGUGACCAGAACCUGCAGACAGCUCUGGAGUUGACCCGCCUUUGUCUAAUCAAUGACAAUGAGAUGCCCGUUAAGGUUGAGGCUGCUAUUGCGCUGCAGGUUCUCAUUAGCAACCAAGAGAAAGCCAAAGAAUACAUCACUCCCUUCAUCCGGCCCGUGAUGCAGGCACUCCUGCACAUUGUCCGGGAGACAGAGAACGAUGAUCUCACCAAUGUCAUACAGAAGAUGAUCUGUGAAUACAGUGAGGAGGUCACUCCAAUUGCAGUGGAGAUGACACAGCACUUGGCAAUGACAUUCAACCAGGUGAUUCAGACGGGGCCUGAUGAGGAGGGAGGAGAUGACAAGGCGGUGACGGCCAUGGGCAUCCUCAACACCAUUGACACAUUGCUAAGUGUGGUGGAGGACCACAAAGAGAUCACCCAGCAACUUGAGGGCAUCUGUCUGCAGGUGAUUGGGACUGUGCUGCAGCAACAUGUACUGGAGUUUUAUGAGGAGAUCCUGUCCUUGGCUCACAGCCUGACCUGCCAGCAGGUGUCGCCACAGAUGUGGCAGCUCCUUCCACUGGUGUACGAAGUCUUCCAGCAGGAUGGAUUUGACUACUUCACAGAUAUGAUGCCUCUCCUUCACAACUAUGUCACAGUUGACACAGACACCCUCCUGUCUGACACCAAAUACCUGGAGAUCAUCUAUAGCAUGUGCAAGAAGGUCCUGACAGGUGAUCCAGGUGAGGAUCCAGAGUGCCAUGCAGCCAAGUUGUUAGAGGUGAUCAUUCUACAGUGCAAAGGCCGUGGCAUUGAUCAGGUUGUGCCCUUGUUUGUGGCUGCUGCGUUGGAGCGUUUGACGCGGGAAGUGAAGACCAGCGAGCUGAGGACUAUGUGCCUGCAGGUGGCCAUCGCUGCACUUUACUACAGCCCCCCUCUUCUCCUCAACACUCUGGAGAAUCUCCGUUUUCCCAACAACACUGAGCCAAUCACUAACCACUUUAUAACCCAGUGGCUCAAAGAUGUCGACUGCUUCCUUGGCCUCCACGACAGGAAGAUGUGUAUCCUCGGACUUUGUGCUCUCAUUGACCUCGAUCACAGGCCUCAGGCUGUCAACCAGGUGGCUGGCCAGCUUCUUCCAGCAGCCAUACUGCUGUUCAGUGGCCUCAAGAGGGCAUAUGCCUGUCGAGCAGAGCAUGAGAAUGAGGAUGAGGACGACGAUGAAGAUGGGGAAGAUGAGGACGAAACUGCUGAGCUGGGCAGUGACGAAGAUGACAUUGAUGAGGAAGGUCAGGAGUACCUGGAGAUGCUGGCGAAGCAAGCGGGUGAGGAUGGAGAUGAUGAAGACUGGGAGGAGGACGAUGCCGAGGAGACAGCACUCGAAGGCUACACUACAGCUGUAGAUGACGAAGACAACUUGGUGGACGAGUAUCAGAUCUUCAAAGCCAUACUACAGAAUAUCCAGACCCGUGACCCAGCAUGGUACCAGGCACUAACACAAGCCCUUGACGAGGAACAGGGGAAACAGCUUCAGGACAUUGGCACACUUGCAGACCAGAGACGGGCAGCACAUGAAUCCAAGAUGAUCGAGAAACACGGCGGGUACAAGUUCACGGCGCCAGUGGUGCCAUCUACUUUCAACUUUGGAGGCACUGCUCCAGGAAUGAAUUGAGUCAUCUGUUCUACUUUUUAUUACUCUGUGACUGAUUGUAGUGAAGUGAAAAAAAGCUUGUGUUGUUCCCUUAAGUAGUGGUUCCAGAACUGGUUCUUCUCAGUCAUUCUUCAAUCUGUCAAAUGGGAAAUAGCACCAGAAGAUGUGGGAAAGCAACCAAAAUGCAACCAAUGGCUGGGGAAAACAAACCAAGAACUUGAGCACGAUGCAAGAGAAGAAGCUCUGAACAACGUUGUCUUCUGGAGCCCAGUGUGGAGGGGAUACCAUGAUGGCAACUCUUUUGUUUUUUUCCCACUUAAACAAAAUUGGGGGAUUAACAGUUAGAAAUUGAUAAUGGGACUAAAUAUUUCAUUAUCACUGUUGUGGCCAAAUGGCCGUAAUAAGAUUAUACCUCUGGUUGUGGUGAUAUCUACGUUAUUUUCUGCAUAAACAAACACUCAUGUUUAUGUACAUACAAGCCAAGGUUAUUGAUUUUUCAAGUAGCCUUGAAAAACAACCAGAGGCAUUUGUAAGGUGUCAACAGCUGUAUUCAUAUGUAGCAUAUUGGAUACUUCAUAGCACUAUGUGAUGCCUGAUCUCUGUAAAUUAAUGACUAGCACUUUCAUAUUGUUCAGGUCUACUAGCCUUCUGUAUCAGACUGCAAAUUUUUUAAAUUGAAGACUAUUUAAAAUGAAAACAGCUGUAACUUUGUUACUUAGCAAGCGACUUCUGUAAUGGCUGGUUGUCACACAUCUGGAUACAGAGUGGAUCAGUGGGCAACUCGGAAACAUUAUUGAUUUCAGGAAAAAAGAGAAUGCUCUUGGUGUUCAGUAUGGCUACAGGACAUGUUUGUGAGCACUGAAAGUACAAUUGGAUACAUCAUUGAAGCAUGUACAAUUGGACUUAUCGUGAAGGUCUCAAGCUUUUGGUUGGUGUAUGGAUGAACCAUCUAUAUAUACAACAACAUAUUAAAAAAAAAAAAAAGCUAAGGGAAUUCAUGACCAUGAGUGUUUCCUUAUACAGGUGCAUUUCUUUUCGUUCUUUGUGAGUUUUGCAAUUGGCUAGAAACUAUAAGCUUUGCCUUUUCUUCCAGAUCCACCAAUCCAUGUUCACCAGGGAGCAGUCCUCUCCUGUGAUUACAGAAUUACCACAUUAUGUGCCAUAUCUGUUCACAGAAUCCUGGUUAGAAAUACCGGCCCCCACAGCAGCACUGAAACAAAUCGAGUCGUAAACACUAGGGCCCUUUGAUAAUUUUAUCCAAUGGUUUUUGCUUUUGUCAGAGACAAGCCGCCCAGUGAUUUGUCCAGAAAUCUGUGGAAUUACAUAACAGGCGUGGGACACAAUAAACUCUGCAUAAAUGGUUUGUAAUCCUGCCUUGAUUAUGGGUUUAAUCAAAGACGGGAAGCUGGGGGGCACCAGGAUUACUGUGUCAACUGCUCUGUACUAAUUUAUCUGAAAUGUGUAUAGGGAUAAGCACCACUGCACUGAAGGGCAGUUAUGAUAAGGGCUUCUAGGUUGGGUCCUUCCUGUCUUGAGGUCCUGUCUCAAAAUGUAGUUUUAAGACCUUUAUUAAUGCAUUUUUAAAUACCCCUAAAUGUAUGUGUUCAAUCAGAUUACUACACAGAAAAUGGUUGGUCCAGGUAUUUUUGUAAAAAACACAUUGUACACAUUAGAUAGUAAGUGGGAAUAGUCGCUCAGCAGUUUAUUUUUGCCCCAGGCCUUCUAAAAGAUAGUUAAUUCAUGCCCAUAAUAUUUGGCUUUGGCUAUUUGUGGCCCAAGUUCACUUUUUACUCAUAUACUUGCAUAAGAGAAAGUGAAGACUAAAGGAGCUUUUAAGUGACCAUUUCAGCUAAAUAAAUUUCCCCUUUGCCCUGAGCGCUUUGUACUUGAUCAUGCAGAUAGAGUUUGUGUUAAGUGCAGUGGUGCAGUAAAUAUUAUCAUCUUUUACUUGAAAAUAUUUACAAACUAGAACUGUGUAAGUAUAAUCAGGAAUAACAUGGCUGUGGUGGAAGUAGUAGUCAGAUCCUUUACUUAAGCAACAGUACAAAUAAAACAUAUACUUAUUAAAAAGUUAAGUAUUAUGAGUAAAAUGUACUUUAAACUUAAAAGUAAAAGUGCUUAUUAGGCAAAAUGUCCCGUUUUAGAGUAAUAUACUAUAUAUUGUUAGAUAAACAUGUAAGCAGCAUUUUAAUGUUGUAGCUGGUCAGGGUGGAGCUAAUUGAACAAAUGUGUAUAUAUAACCAUUUUUGUUGUUUUACAUUUGAAGAUGAAACCUUGAACUGG